AUGGAUAGGGAGGAGUCGCUCUAUGGCAUGGACAGGGAGCUGCGUGCGAAGCAAGAGGCGAAGUACGACGUCGCCCUGGAAGCGCAGGUGGUGGAGUGGAUCGAGUUCCUGACAGGCGAGAAGAAGGGCGACAGGGGGUUCGGGGAGUGGCUCAAAAGUGGAGUACUUCUGUGCAGGCUGGUCAAUGCCGUGAAGCCUGGAACGAUCAAGAAGUGUAACACUAGCUCCCUGGCCUUCAAGCAGAUGGAAAACAUCACGUUCUUCACAAAUGCGGUCCGCGAGAUUGGAGUACCAGAGUCUGCCAUGUUUGCCACGCCAGAUCUCUUCGAGGAGAAAAAUGUUGGAUCCGUCGUGAACUGCCUUUACACCUUCGGCUGCGUUGUCCAGGUCAAUGUUCCCGAGUAUGACGGGCCGCCUCUGGGUGUCGCCAUGCAUGUCGAGAGCAAAGACAAAAAACGCUCGAGUGGCAUCUGCACAGACCAGUCCUCGGGCUUCUCCGCCACCAUGGAGACGGCCGGCCACAGCCACGCCUAUGCCAACAAGUAG